UUAAUUUUUUUACAUUUAGAGUUUUGAUCCGCCUGAAAUUUAUUUUGGUAUAUGAUGCAGGUAGGAAAACUACUUUAUUUUGACAAGGUAGUUAUCCCCAAACCAUUUACUAGUGAAUCCUUAUCUUCCCCACUGAUUCAAAGUGCCACUUUUGGCACAUAUCUAAUGCACCCAUGUAGUCUAUGCACUUUUCAAUUACAGUAAUGUCGUAAUAUAUUUUGAUAUCUAGGAAGCCUGGUCAUACUACAGGCUUCCCAGAUAUUAAAACAUAUUUAGAUCUUUUUAGAUCAUAUUUUAGAUCUUUUAGAAAUGUCUUUUUGAAACUUAGAAUCAAUUUUUUUUAGUUCAGAGAAAAAGCAUUUUAUUGGGAAUGCAUUAAAAUUAGGAUCUAAAUUAUCUGAUCUUUCAUAAUUAUUUUUUAGCAGAUUCAUGUUUCCCAGGUAAAAAUCGUGUCAUCUUCAAAUGAUGAAAACUUUACUUCUUCAUUUCUCAUGAAGAAUCUUUUUGGGGGUAAGUGAGAAGGCAGCAGCUUCAUUUUUUUACAUAAUAAGAUCCUUCAAAUGGGCAAUGGUUCAAAGCUGUUAAAGUAUAAAAUGGUAAACAGCAGAAAAAUCACCUUCCUACCCAAUCCCCAGCUGUAGUUUCUUUUAUCCCCUCCUGUAGAUAUCCCAGAUACAUGCAGCCCAGCACAGCUGCCCUGGGAGCUUCUGGUGACACAGUUUUAGAAGCCCAGGCAAAAGUUGGAUUUUAGAGGCCAAAGAGCGCCAAGUGGGGGAUUCUUUCCUCUGUCUUGUCUCCUCAGUGAUUAAGCAAGUAGGAAUAGAAAAGGCACAGACCCUGAAUCCCAGGGUAGCUCCAAACCUUCCCUAGCUGAGUGUCCCAGAUCCAGCAAAAUUGGAAGAGCCGGGCUCUGGCUUCUGCUUUUAGGAUAUUUAUUUUUCACCAGAAAAUGCUACUUCCUUAUCUCUUUCACACAGAUGUAUCCCAGACAUACAUGUUCUCUCUUUAUGUUAUCAAAACAGCCCAUGAACAUCUAGCAACUUGCAGCCCAUGAUAUGUUCAGGGCCUGAGAUUUGGAGUUGGAUAUGGGCCCCUGUUUGUGGCAUCAUCUCUUCCAGAGUCUUCCAGGUGUUGUCCAGAUAGAUUCAGAGAGGGAGCCCAGAGUACCAGUUCAAGACAGGCAUUUCCUGUGGUCCUGUGGAUAAGAAGAACCUGCAGCCAUGGGACAGGCCCUGGGGAUUGAGAAAUGUGACUUCCAGGAAGCAAGAAACAAUGAGGAGCACCACACCAAGGCCAUCAGCUCCCAGCGCCUCCUUGUCAGGAGGGGGCAGCCCUUUACCAUCUGCCUGCACUUCCGGGUUCCCAUUCACAAAUUUCUGCCUACCCUGAAGAAGGUUACCCUCAUUGCACAAACUGGAAAGCAGCCUUCUGGAGCCAACAAGACCCAAGUCAUAUUCCCAAUUUCCAGUCUGGAGGACCGGAAGUGCUGGAGUGCGAUGGUGGAGGAGAGAGACGACCUGUCCUGGACCAUCUCUGUGACCACGCCUGCAAAUGCUGUCAUUGGCCACUACUCACUCCUACUGCACGUCCGGCGCAGGAAGCCACGCCUCCUGGGCCAGUUCACACUGCUCUUUAACCCGUGGGCUAGAGUGGACGCUGUAUUCCUGGAGAAUGAGGCUCAGCGCGGGGAGUACUUGUUGAACCAGAAUGGCCUCAUCUACCUAGGCACAGCUGACUGCAUCCAGGCAGAGGCCUGGGAUUUUGGCCAGUUUGAGAGGGAUGCCGUCGACCUCAGCCUGGACUUACUGAGCAUGGACCAGCAGGUGGAAGAGUGGGGCAACCCAGUGCAUGUGGCCAGAAUUUUGGGCGCUUUGUUGCAUGCUCUCAAGGAGAAGAAUGUCCUGCCCAGUGCACAGACCCAGGACAUCCAGGAAAGGGCGAAACUGCACAAGCGCCGGGGCAGCAUGCCCAUCCUGAGGCAGUGGGUCUCAGGCCGAGGGCGACCUGUGUGCGAUGGUCAGGCCUGGGUGCUGGCUGCCGUGGCUUGCACAGUGCUGAGAUGCCUGGGAAUCCCUGCCCGCGUCAUUACCACGUUCACUGCAGCCCAGGGCACCGGCGGGGAGUUGCUCGUAAACGAGUAUUACAACGAGGAGGGGUUUCAAAACGGGGAAGGCCAGAGAGGCAGAAUCUGGAUCUUCCAGAUGUACACAGAGUGCUGGAUGAGCCGGCCUGAUUUGCCUGGUUAUAGCAGAUGGCAGAUUCUGAACCCAACUGCUCGUGAUGGAGUCCUGGAGGCCUGUGAUCUGGUCCCAGUCAGAGCCAUCAAAGAGGGGAUACUGGGACUGACCCCUACAGUAUUGGACCUUUUUGCCGCAGUAAAUGCCUCAUGUGUGGUCUGGAAGUGCCGUGGGGAUGGGACCCUGGAGCUGACUGACUCUAACACUAAGUACCUUGGCAACAACAUUAGUACCAAGUGUGUGGGCUGUGACCGUUGCGAGGACAUCACUCAGAACUACAAGUACCCUGAAGGAUCUGUUCAAGAAAAAGAGGUGCUGGAGAGAGUCCAGAAGGAGAGAAUGGAACCUGGGGAAGACAGUGGCACCAGUCCUCCCACUCUCAAGAUUGCCAAUCCUCUGUACCUGCUUUUGGAAGUGCCCAGCUCCCUAUUCCUGGGAGGGGAUGUCCCGUUCUCAGUGACCCUGAUUAACCCCAGCGACCAGGACAUGGUGGUACACCUGGCAGUUUGCGUGCAGGCCAUGUACUACAACGGCAUCCUUGCUGCCGAGCUCUGGAGGAAGAAGGCAACAUUUACGCUCGUUGCCAACACAGCAAAGACAGCCACCACCACCCUGUCCUGUGCCUCUUUUGAUCAAAGCCCCCCGGAGAACAGUUUCCUUAGGCUCAUAGCCAUGGCAACACACUCCAAGUCUGGCCUUACCUGCUUUGCUCAGGAAGACAUCGCCAUUUGUAGACCACGCCUUGUAAUUGAGAUGCCAGAGACAGCAGAGCAGUACCAACCCCUAAAGGUGUCAGUCAGCGUCCAUAACUUCCUAGAUGUUCCCAUGGAGGACUGUAUGAUCUCCAUCUUCGGAAGGGGGCUCAUUCACAGGGAGAGGAGCUACAGAUUAGGUUUGGUGCAGCCCAGAAAAACUCUGCGUACCCAAUUCCAGUUCACGCCAACACAGGUGGGGCUCCAGAGGCUCACUGUGGAAAUGGACUGCAACGUGUUCCAGAACCUAACCAAUUACAGAAGUGUCACUGUGGUGGCCCCCUCUGGCGUGAACUCCCAGCUCUAGCAUCACUUUCUCCAGCCCACCCCCUUGAAUCUGUAAUCUAAAACCAAACGUGCUGGGAAGGGAAACUUUGCUUAUCAGACAAGUAAAUCUCCACUCAGGUUGAGAACAGUGACCAAGAACAAAACUAGAUUCCCAGAAAUCAAAACAAAAGACAUUCUCUUCUGUCACCCCAGCUUAAAGCAUCUAGGAAGACUGGUUGUCUUAGAAUAGCAACUACUGGGCUUGAGUGACAAAAAGAAGCCUUUGGAAAGGCAUUUGGCUAAGUACAUUCAGAUUUCUGAGACUGAGGGUUUUUUAUAACCAUUUUGCUACUCACUAACACAUUAUGAGUAAGAAAAAGAGCCUAACAUUUAAAUCACUUUUGCAUUUCUGUUGAAAUGGGAAUUUUAAGUAAUCCUAAGACUAUAUUAUUGUUGUUAUUCCUGAUCAUUAUCCUUAAAGAUCCAAAGAUGACUGAACAAAGUUAAAACAUUUACAACACAGGACUUGAGAGUAGAAUGGUCUUCUAGAUUCAGCUAUUGAUGUCUUUAUUAGACUUCUAUAUUCAUUAAGUAUCCCACAAUUAAAGUCUGAUGUUAGUAACAUGAAAUUGGUCCAGUAAAGAAAUAUGAAUAUUAUUUGGUAUAUAGAAAAUAGGCUGUAUAAGAAAAAAGAACUGGACUCGUUUUGUACAGUUACGACUUCCUGUUUGUUUACAUUGUUUUGUUGCUUUGGCACUCUUUGAUUUUAGUUCCUUUUCUUUGACGCUUGUUAAAAGUGCGGAAUGGUACUUCACAAAAAUAAAUUAAAACUCAUUUGACUCAGAGUAUUAUGCUAAGUGAAAUAAACCAGGCAGAGAAAGAUAAAUACCGUAAGAUUUCACUUGUAGGUGGAAUCUAAGAAAACAAAACAAAACA